CUAGUUUCCAGCUUGUUGCUAGCUUUGACAAUGUGCGGAUGAGGGCUGAGGAUUCGCAGGAGCUCGAUCACGCCUUCCAGCCUUCUAGGCUCGGGUGCGUGCCUCACAAGAGUAUUGGACCACUCAUGUUCUGAGGCUUUGAAAGUGGUGUGAAAUACGUGUCCCCUCUUUGCUGCGGUCCCGGUGUUGCACCAUGAGUGCCCGCGGUGCCCCCAGCUACUCCCCUUACUCUGGGAUAGAGGAGCGCGUCAUGCAGGAGGACGGUGCGGGACCCGCCAGCCGCAGCGUGCUGGGAGCGGACAGCAGGAGGCAGGAUGGGCGUCUGCCAGAGGAAUGUCGACCAGCAUUUUUGCAGGUUGGGACGGUCAGCAGGGCGGCGGGAUCCGCCUACGCUGAGUUUGCAAGCACAAAGGUGCUGGUGGCAGUGUAUGGCCCCCGUGAGUCGCGCAAGGCUGCUGCGUACAGCGACACCAGCCGCCUGACCUGCGACGUCAAGCUGGCCGCCUUUGCCACCAAGAGCCGCGGCAAGUACGGCCAGGGCACGGCCGAGCGCGAGCUGUCGGACCUGCUGCACAAGGCGCUUGUAUCAGCGGUGCGCCUCGACACCUUCCCCAAGGCCUCAGUCGACGUCUUUGCGCUUGUCCUGGAAUCGGGGGGAGCGGACUUGGCUGUUGUGGUGACUGCCGCGUCGCUGGCCCUGGCGGACGCGGGCAUUGAGAUGCUCGACAUGGUGGCAGCUACUUCGCUGAGCCUGGUGGGCGGUCACUUGCUGGUGGACCCCGCUGCGAGCGAGGAGCGCGCGCAGGACGGCAACGUGCUGGUGGCCCUGAUGCCCGCCAGGAAUGAGGUCACGCAGAUGCACCUCGCAGGGGCCUGGCCCGACACGCACGCCGCGCAGGCCAUCGAGCUCUGCCUGGAUGGGUGCCACAAGCUGGACGGGGAGAUGCGGGCAUGCUUACGAGAGCACGCCGCCACAGCCAAUGGCAGCUGACGCGCGAAGUGAUUCGUUCGUAGCUCGCAAUUUGAGUAAAUGCCGAGGGUAUUAGCUGUGACAUGUCUUUUCGCAACCAAUGCGUACAUGCUGACUGAGGGCACCAGCUGUAAAUGGCCGUUGUGAACCCAUGUCACGGUCUACGCGUCCGGCGGCCUCCGGCCGCUCCUACUUUCACUGCGUAGAUAGUACCGACUGUUAAUUACAUGGUUAAGCUCUCGUUCAUCGACUGUUUGUGGACUCAACUUAUCAGCUUGAGCAAACGCAAAGCCGCAU